AUGCAAGAACAACAGUCUGAGGUCACUCCCUUCCAGAACUCACGAGUACGUCAAGCAGAACAGCUCCCGAAUACGCAAAUGAGCAAUCCGGCCUACCAUGGACUCUCACAAAACAUUCAAAGGGAAGAAGGCCUGUCGCCAGGCCUCGAGGACACCGACGCCGCAACCCCCGCAAUCUCAAAAUCAACCCACAAUCGAGCAUUAUCCCGACCAUGGAGACCGAAACAUCAUGUCCCAUGGUUACCCUUCCUUGCACUGUUUGGGGCCCUCGCUUCUAUCGCAGCAGCUGGGGUUGUACUAUCUGUAUCUCACCGUCACCCAAUCAAAGUUUGGCCAGAGGAAAUAACGCCCUCUGUCUGCCUCGCCAUAAUUGCCGCGGUUGGCGGGGUAUGCAUCGAUUACGCGAUGAGAGAAGGGGCCACGCUGGCAUGGUGGAUUCGGUCACUGAGACCGGCUACCCUCCAAGAGAUUCAUCGUCAGUGGGCAGUUGGAGACAGUCUCUACUACGCACUCACUAUGUUCUCUUGGCCACUCAACGUGGUCGCUGUAGCUCGAAUUGUCGUUGCAAUGUGUGUCAUUUACGGCACCAUACUCCAGAGAUCAACAACUACGGGUACUUGGGAAUCGGUUACGGAGGGGAAUUUGACUCUACAAAUGGCCACAGAAACAACUGUCAACUUCAGCACAACUGCCAGCAACAUCUCGCAAUCUGACUCCUUCCGAGCUGUUAAUGUUCUAUCUCCAUGGUUCGUUGAUGUUCUCAAAGACCAUAUCGCUAACCGUCCCAUUGAAGGGUACGUCCAGAAUUGUAAUGGGACGUGUAUUGGCACCAUCCAAGGCUUCGGCCUGAACGGAAGUUGUUCAGCCAUACGAUCCGAGCAUCAAGACUGGGCCCAGAAAUUCUACAAUGAAAAUCGAACCGACGCGACGCUCUUCAACGUUAGCUUCCCAAUUCUCGAUGAACCCAAAAUCGCUGGCCCUAUUGGAACAAAUUUCGAUCCUGAAGACUAUCCCCAACUCAUAUUCAAUAUCUCGUUCUGGUCCCCAGACGCUCCAACAUAUGGUAACCAUUCCGGGGUUGGAACCUCGCCAGAUGGCAAUUACACCUUUUGCCCAGGAGUGAUCAAAUCACUAUCAUGUUCCUAUUUUAUCGACGUCGUUGAAUUCCCGGUUACCAUCAACCGGACAAUUAUAUCUCUCAACAGCAAAGGACCCUUUAAACUAUCUAACCACGUCAGAAAGAUGAAUCGUGAGAACUGGCUUGAAUUAGCUGGCUUUCAGGUAGCAGCGCGAAAUCUCUUCUCUUCUUCUGCUGAGAUCACCUCCCCAAGCAUCACCAGCAUCACUAGCACUCUAACAAAACAGUAUCCUGUUCAGAUUGUAGUUUGGGAUUUGAAUGCUAUUGGAUCUCUUGCAUCCGAACAUUACAUACCGCCGUCCACUAUCAAUCAAGUUUCCGACUAUCCUAAUACAUGCUCUCUCGGCUACUCCGAUCCGACUGAACAAAUCCUUGUAUCGUUAGCGAACCUCAUUUUCAGGGCCUCAGUCGCGGGCGGGCGGGCACAACCCAGGCUAACGAACUACAACCAGGAGAUCCCGGUUCAACAGAGGAACACUGAAAUCGUCUUCAUAUCCCAUUACGAGUUCUUUGUUGCAGCUGCAACUAUUAUGUUUUUCGGAAUCCUAUCUGCGAGCUUGACAUACUAUGGCUGGUGGAAGCUUGGGCGAAUGGUGAGCUUGAGUCCGCUAGAAAUCGCAAAGGCAAUCCCGGACGAGUUGCUGAGAGGCGAUGGAACAAGCAAUGCGGAAAUAGUUCAGUUGUUAAAAGUUGUUGGGAAUAGGCAGUUGCGAUAUGGGGAGGUAUUCGGGGCCGACGACUCUUCCAUACGAGUGUUACGAUUUGGACAUCCAAACAAUGUGAUAACACCGAGGCCUGGAGAUCUAUUUGACUGA